AUGUGUGAAGCUGCUGUAGCGGUUGGCAUAGAUCUGGGUACAACAAGUAUCAAAGUGUGUGCGAUUGAUUCGAGUGAAACUGUUGUCGAAGAAAAGAGUGCAGUUCAUGAUGCAUGGAUCCAAAACGAUUCGCCUGACCGCAAAGAACAAUGUGCCGAGAAAAUAUUCGCCAAAGUGAUUGAACUUCUUCAGUCAAUGCGGCCAAAUCUGAAAUCCGUCAAAAAUAUCGUCAUAACGGGUCAAAUGCAUGGCAUUAUAUUAUGGAAUAACGAUUCAUUGGUUGCAGGUGAGUUCAGUUGUUCGCCACUAAUAACCUGGAUGGAUUCAAGAGUACCACAACAAUUUAUCGACUCAUUACCUAAGUGGGAAUACGGUGAUGUUCAUGCUGGUUACGGUAUUGUCACAUUGGCUUGGCUAUACCGUAAUUCGUUGCUUGAUCCCAAGUGGAAUUGUUGCGGUACGAAUGAAAUUGUACCAUUGGAUAUCUUACCAAAAAUAGUUCCCAAUGGAACAAUUGUGGGUAUUGUACGUCACAAUGGUUUUGGUUUGCCAACGAAUGCUAUGGUGUACGCUUCUCUAGGUGAUCUACAAGCCACUGUAUAUCCUCUGCUGACGAAUGAUUCUGCAGUACUCAAUUUGGGCACAUCGGCUCAAUUAUGUUUUCGUUAUAAUGGCGACCACCGUAAAUUCUUAAAAGAUCAUCUUUUAUUUGAGCCAUUUUUCGAUGAUUUCAAACUAAUAACUGCAGCCUCAAUGAACGGUGGCAAUGCUGUGCAUCUAUUAGCAGAGAAAAUACUGGAAUGGGCUUCAGCAUUAUCAGUUGAUCACAUUAUCAGUGAUCGUUUGACACUAGAUUUCGAGAAGUUUGAGCAGAUCCUCAACUCAUCAUCAAAACAGUCCUCACUGAUAAAUGUCGAGCCAACAUUUUACGAGGAACGCUCAGAGCAUUUGCCAUCCGUCAUAUCCGGGCUGAGAUCUGACACGUCAAUUGCAGAACUCUUGCAUGCCACAGCUAAAGGUGUGAUCGCAAAUUUGAAUCGUCUUCUGUCAACUGAAAUUCUUCACUCAAACGGGAUUACAAGACUGAUACUGGCCGGUAAUGCCAACAAAGAGCCAUAUUCAACGUAUAUCAAAGAAAUAUUCAAAGAUUUCGAGAUCUGCGCUUCAGAUCAAUCGAAAGCAUCGGCUGCCUAUGGUGCUGCUUUAUUUGCGUCCAGAAUGCCAGUGUUGCCCAAGAGUGAAUAA